UAAAAAAUGAUCCAGUGUAGGGCACGAAGAACGGUGCCCCUGUUAAUUACAGGAAAAUGGCGCUGUCGUCUGCAGGAGGAACAAAGAAGAAAGUUUGCUAUUAUUAUGAUGGCGACGUGGGUAAUUAUUACUAUGGUCAGGGUCAUCCCAUGAAACCCCACAGGAUCCGUAUGACCCACAACCUCCUGCUCAACUAUGGACUGUACAGGAAGAUGGAGAUAUAUAGACCUCACAAGGCCAGUGGAGAGGAGAUGACCAAGUACCACAGUGACGACUACAUCAAGUUCCUGCGUUCCAUCCGGCCAGACAACAUGUCAGAGCACAGCAAACAGAUGCAGAGAUUUAAUGUAGGAGAGGACUGCCCAGUGUUUGACGGCCUGUUUGAGUUCUGUCAGCUCUCAACGGGAGGCUCUGUCGCGGGGGCAGUGAAGCUGAACAAGCAGCAGACGGACAUCGCCAUCAACUGGGCUGGAGGACUCCAUCAUGCCAAGAAGUCUGAGGCCUCUGGGUUCUGCUACGUCAACGACAUUGUCCUCGCCAUCCUGGAGCUGCUCAAGUACCACCAGAGGGUGUUGUACAUAGACAUCGACAUUCACCAUGGAGACGGAGUGGAAGAGGCUUUCUUCACCACAGACCGGGUCAUGACUGUCUCCUUCCACAAGUAUGGAGAAUACUUCCCUGGUACCGGAGACCUGAGGGACAUUGGAGCAGGAAAGGGGAAGUACUACGCUGUAAACUACCCUCUCAGAGACGGCAUCGACGAUGAGUCUUACGAAGCCAUCUUCAAGCCUGUGAUGGCUAAAGUGAUGGAGACGUUCCAGCCCAGUGCCGUCGUGUUACAGUGUGGAGCCGACUCUCUGUCAGGAGACAGACUGGGCUGUUUCAACCUGACCAUCAAAGGUCAUGCUAAGUGUGUUGAGUACAUGAAGAGUUUCAACCUGCCUCUGUUGAUGUUGGGAGGUGGCGGUUAUACCAUCCGUAACGUGGCUCGCUGCUGGACCUACGAGACCGCUGUGGCUCUGGACAGCAUUAUACCUAACGAGCUGCCUUACAACGAUUACUUUGAAUACUUUGGUCCUGACUUCAAGCUCCACAUCAGCCCGUCUAACAUGACCAACCAGAACACCAAUGAUUACCUGGAGAAGAUCAAACAGAGGUUGUUUGAGAACCUGCGCAUGCUGCCCCACGCCCCGGGGGUCCAGAUGCAGGCCAUCCCAGAAGACGCUCCACACCCGGACUCUGGAGAUGAGGAGGACGAGGGCCCUGACAAACGCAUCUCCAUUCGGGCCCAUGAUAAGAGGAUAGCCUGUGAAGAGGAGUUCUCUGACUCUGAGGAUGAGGGACAGGGAGGAGGGGGGAGGAGGAACGCUGCCAACCACAAGAAGACCAAACGCGUCAAGACUGAGGAGGAGAAGGAGGCAGAGGAGAAGAAAGAUGUGAAAGAGGAGAAAGAGACAGAGGAGAAGAUGGACACAACAGGGCCGACAGAAGAAACGAAGACGUCCUGAAGUGGGAGCAGCAGAUAAACAGGGGCUCCCAGUUGUGAAUCUAAUCCAUCGAAAUGGACUGUAUAAAUUAUUCUCUUAACACAGUGUUUGUAUUUCCUCAAACAGUCAAAUGUUUUAGCCUGCGUCAGUGUUGAAAUGCUCUUAUUAACUCAUGUCUCUGCCACCUAUUUCAAUGUUGUUGUUUUUAACCAUGUGUUAGUUAUGGAGCCUGAGGAUCUGAAGCAGUAGGGUCCCAUUUCAAGUCUAAAAAGCCUGGUUGGGAUUCAAUCCAAGUUCGUGCUGUCGUGCACACUGCUCUCUAACAGACGUAAGGUCGCUUCAAAUCAAAUGUAUUUAUAAAGCCCUUCUUACAUCAGCUGAUAUCUCAAAGUGCUGUACAGAAACCCAGCCUAAAACCCCAAACAGCAAGCGUAGAAGGACGGUGACUAGGAAAAACUCCCUAGAAAGGCCAAAACCUAGGAAGAAACCUAGAGAGGAACCAGGCUAUGUGGGGUGGCCAGUCCUCUUCUGGCUGUGCCGGGUGGAGAACAGAACAUGGCCAAGAUGUUCAUAAAUGACCAGCAUGGUCCAAUAAUAAUAAUCACAGGCAGAACAGUUGAAACUGGAGCAGCAGCACGGCCAGGUGGACUGGGGACAGCAAGGAGUCAUGUCAGCUUGAGCUGAUGUUGUACCGUCGGGGGAAAAUGCCUUUCCUGAAGGUGUGUUGUCGGCGGUCCAGUGCGCUGCUCUAACAGGGCUUGGAUUGAAUUCCUACCUUAUUUCCGCUCUCUUCACUGACCCGAGGUAACUUGGUGAAAGCAAAUCCCCCUGAUUAGACUGAGGCCAUACUGUUUUCACAGUUCUCAGAUCAGUCCAGGUGAAGAGUAAUCCACUUCCCACUGCAAACAUUCCCCGUUGAACAAUAGUCACCAGCUCGAAGUUAUUUUAAAUCAUAGAUCAACAUAUGUUGUGUUUGACUGUUGGCUUCCUCUUCUCCCAGGGUUAGUUUCUGACUGUACGCUCAUGUUGGCUUCCUCUUCUCCCAGGGUUAGUUUCUGACUGUACGCUCAUGUUGGCUUCCUCUUCUCCCAGGGUUAGUUUCUGACUGUACGCUCAUGUUGGCUUCCUCUUCUCCCAGGGUUAGUUUGACUGUACGCUCCCUCUUCUCCCAGGGUUAGUUUGACUGUACGCUCCAUGUUGGCUUCCUCUUCUCCCAGGGUUAGUUUGACUGUACGCUCCAUGUUGGCUUCCUCUUCUCCCAGGGUUAGUUUGACUGUACGCUCCAUGUUGGCUUCCUCUUCUCCCAGGGUUAGUUUCUGACUGUACGCUCCAUGUUGGCUUCCUCUUCUCCCAGGGUUAGUUUCUGACUACGCUCCAUGUUGGCUUCCUCUUCUCCCAGGGUUAGUUUCUGACUGUACGCUCCAUGUUGGCUUCCUCUUCUCCCAGGGUUAGUUUCUGACUGUACGCUCCAUGUUGGCUUCCUCUUCUCCCAGGGUUAGUUUGACUGUACGCUCCAUGUUGGCUUCCUCUUCUCCCAGGGUUAGUUUCUGACUGUACGCUCCAUGUUGGCUUCCUCUUCUCCCAGGGUUAGUUUCUGACUGUACGCUCCAUGUUGGCUUCCUCUUCUCCCAGGGUUAGUUUCUGACUGUACGCUCAUGUUGGCUUCCUCUUCUCCCAGGGUUAGUUUCUGACUGUACGCUCCAUGUUGGCUUCUUCUUCUCCCAGGGUUAGUUUGACUGUACGCUCCAUGUUGGCUUCCUCUUCUCCCAGGGUUAGUUUCUGACUGUACGCUCCAUUUUGGCUUCCUCCUAACCUCAUUUUAUAUUUCUAAAAUUAACAAAAUUUUGACAUGUCUUUAUUAGGUCAUACAGAGGGCAGGGCUCCCCCAACUGGCAGGCUGAAUUUGUCAGUCGCCCCCCCCCCCCACCCACAUAAGACUGUAAAAACACAUAAGAUGUGAUCGUGUGCAAUGUUUUAGUCAAAUUCUGUUUGCAAAAAAAACCCAACAGUUUAGAAAGUUUCUACUGUAAAGGUGACAUGUGGUGCUUGUUUUGGGUGUCCAGUUGUGAAAUGUGCAUAACUUGUUUUUAUAUAUUAAAAAAAAAAACAUUUCUCAUUGA